UCGGCUAGAAAAGCGCGCCCAUGCGGAAACGUGUGACGUCACGGGCUAAUGAAGACACUGACUAUGUCCCGAUGUGACGUGAUUUGGUUUGAUUAGAGGAGUACCGUAAAACACAGCAAGCAUGACGUCACCUGGAGCAAUGUGGGGAAAGAUUGGGAUUGCAAACAGAGUUAGAAUGGGAAAAAAGGUGGAGAAAGGUCAGAACAAGGACAAGAAUUUGUCAUCAGCUAACACGGACACGGUCGAUGAUGAGGAGGACCGAUCGCCAGAACCGUAUGGAUGUACUGGCAACUUCCAGUCUGACUUCACAGAACUGUGUCGUCGUGACAACAUGACCAUAAUCCCCCCCGUGGUGUUACGAGCGCGCCCCCCAUCCUCCACACAACAUGUUCAAGAAACCAAACAAGAGAGAGGCAAGGAGAAGGGCAAACAACCUACACAAGCUGAGCCAGACGUUGAACCCGAGCUCACUGAAGACGGAGAACCUGUGGAGCCACCACCAAAGACAUACGUCGUGAAAGACUCGUUCGAGUUCUUCAAACCGACCGUCCAGGUGGAGCUGGAGCACCCCGACAAAUACGACACAGUAUCAGAACUGUUUGUCAGAGGUUGGAGAAUUGACGAAUCAAUGAUGAAUAUAUUUAGACAGUGUUUGCCAGUUCUGGAGAAACUACACACAAUAAAUCUGUGGCAUACAGGGCUUUCAGGGGAGACAAUCAGCAUCUUGGCUGGAUUCCUGCCACAGUGUUUGAACAUACGAAAUCUGAUUCUUGAUGGAAAUUGGCUGAAGGAAGAAAACUGGCAUGAACUCAUUGGAGAAGAAAGUUUAGUUCAGAAUAUGUCCCUUCGGAACUGUCUGAUAACAGACAAAGGCGCUGAGGGGAUUGGACAAGCGCUUGGCACACCGAAGAAAGUAAACACCAAACUGUUGUCCCUGAACCUGGCUGGUAACCGAAUCACAGACACUGGGUGUGAGCAUAUAGCCAGGGGUCUGCGUAUGAACCGGACGUUACUGUCUCUGUCUCUGGCCAGCAACCAGAUUGGAGACAAGGGAACGAGCAAGAUGGCCGAGACUUUGUCGCGUUUCCCACUAACACACGAGGAGGUGGUAGAGAGAAGGAGACAGAUCUCAGAUAAAGGAUCACCUGACAGAAACAAGUCGCCAUCUCCUACUCGCCGAGCCGACUCACAGAAUCGACCCGGCAGCGUACGGAGCGGUGUGCACAUGGACAAAACCAAGAGAGACAAACCGUCCGCCAAACAGAAGAAGGACAAUAAGGGCAAGGAUGUGAAGGAGGAGGAUAAGAAGGGAGGAACACGGAAAGACGACAAAGGAGGAACGAAGAAAGAUCAGUGGUGGAACAGAGCUUCGAUUGCUACGGAUGCUGGGAAAUCUAUUGGAAAAUCAAAAGAUCGGAAACGAGACAAGAAGCCCACACCACAGGAGACUGAGAUGCCAGAUGUCCCUGAGGUGAUAAACCCUCUGUUGGAGGUCGCUGACCUCAUUGGAGAUCAGCUGUGGGUCGCGGGGAAUCGAGUCCUCAUCAAUCUCAAUCUGUCUAGAAAUCACAUCAGCGCAGUGGGUGUUCAGGCGAUGUUGAAAGCGAUGCAGUACCAGACGUCCUUGACCCUCGACAACCGCAACUCUGGAACCGGACUGAUGAGACUCAAUCUGAACGUAUGUUCACUGUAAUAAACCUCACAAUCU